CUUGCCAAGUCUUAACUAUCACCAAAACGCAGAAUGAGACAUUUUUGUCUGCAAGCGCUUUUCAUGUGGAGUUUAAAGUGGCAAUUGAUGCUGGCGCUGUGGAUGUGGAUAGCCACCGUCUACCGGCAGAUUAUUAUUGUGGAAGGUCUCCAAGAGGACUAUUCCAACUGUAAGAAUGGAUGACAGUGGUAGCGAUUGGAUUGACAGUCCCAUGCCCUCUUGUGACCUGGACAAUGAUACUUCGGUGAAUUCCAGCAUGGGUCAAAUCUACGAAGUUAUGCUUCAGUCAACAAACACAACUAAGCGCAACCCACAGUUUGUCGGUGUGGAGCUUCUUCAAUCUUUUAAACCUCUUAUCAUCCCUUGCUAUGCUCUUGUAGUGCUGGUUGGAGUUUUUGGUAACUAUCUGCUACUUUACGUCAUUUGCCGUACCAAAAAGAUGCACAAAGUGACCAACUUUUUCAUCGGUAACCUGGCAUUUUCUGACAUGCUGAUGUGUGCCACCUGCGUGCCAUUUACCCUGGCAUAUGCAUUCAAUCAUCGAGGGUGGGUGUUUGGGAAAUUCAUGUGCUAUCUGGUAUUCCUCAUUCAACCUGUGACAGUGUAUGUGUCAGUGUUCACACUGACAGCAAUUGGGGUUGACAGAUACUACGCUACAGUUCAUCCUCUGAAGAAGCGCAUCUCAGUUCUGGCCUGCACGUAUCUUCUCUCUGGCAUCUGGAUUCUCUCAUGUGGUCUUGUAGCUCCUGCUGUGGCCCACACCUACCAUGUAGAGUUCAAAGAUGAAGGUUUCACCAUCUGCGAGGAGUUCUGGAUGGGUCAGGAACGAGAGCGACUAGCCUACGCCUAUAGCACUCUCUUCAUAACAUAUGUUCUUCCUCUCUCUGCUCUCUGCAUUUCCUAUUUGUGCAUUUCUGUCAAGCUUCGCAAUUGCGUGGUGCCAGGUUAUCGUACCCAAAGCCAAGCUGAAGCCCAACGGGCUCGGAAACGGAAGACAUUUCGCCUGGUGUCAUUGGUCGUUGCCGCAUUUGGGAUCUGCUGGCUGCCAAUAAGCGUUUUCAAUGUUCUUCGGGAUAUUGAUAUUGACCUGAUUGACAAGCAUUAUUUCUUGUUGAUCCAGUUGUUAUGUCACUUAUGUGGAAUGAGUUCUUCUUGCUGUAACCCUUUCUUGUACGCGUGGUUACAUGAUCGUUUCAGGGCCGAGCUGAGAAAGAUGUUUACUUGCCAUCGCCGCAUUGGGAUACCUGCUAACAACUGUGCCACAGCUAGUGUGGUCCUCUGACCGAAACAAACCAGGAUGUGAGUUCAAAGACAUCUGUAACCACAGAGACUAAUAGAUGGCUUGGUUUACAAGCUUCUUUAAUGGAGUACGUGUUCACGUCGAUCCUGGCUAACUUAGGAUUCCACAUAUCUGUAAGGUUUCUCCACAUUAAUUUUGUUAUCGGUGGACACAAACAGAUGGUCUUUCUUGGGUGUAAAAGCCAUGUCUACUGGUAAUAUACAGAAAGAGUGGCUGGAUUAACCAUCAAGGUUCACCAUACAUUCUGUGAUUUGGGUAUGGGCGACCUACCCAACAUACAAUUGUGCUUUUUGACUCAAAGAAAUUGGUUUUAGAUGUUUGUUUCAGGUAUGCAGUGAAGGUCGCAGAUGAAAAUCUGCAACAGAAGCAUUUGAUAUUCACCCAACUUUCCAAAACAUGGAAUGCUUCAGAUUUGGUAGUAAAGCAAGGAUUUCAUAAAUGUGUCUCAGAUGAUUGAACAAAUAAUAAUUUAAACAUGACACGAUGUAUGAGAUGCCAUUGCAGAAAUAAUUGCAUUACAUUUUUUCUCAACAGCAUAUUUAAAAAAUAUUAAAAAGGACAGCCUAAAAAGACAUGCUAUAUUAAAACUCU